GGUUGUGUGACACCUGCAUCAUAUCUUUUGCCUAGCAUCUGACUCUAACGACAUGAUGACAGUAGAGUAAAAGAGAGUUUCUGCCAUAAGAUGAGUCAGUUCCGAGCAUUGGCAGGGGUCCUGAAGGGUGGUGGGCGACAGUGGCUGCGGUUGCAUGGUGGAGGGGUGGUUCGGUGUGGGUAUGAACCCAAGAGAGGCUGCUCGUCUGGGUCUGUCGUCCCCUCUGCGGUGGCAAGCAGAUCCAGUUAUGUGGAGGAAAUGUACUUUGCCUGGUUGGAGGAUCACAGAAAUGUCCAUGAGUCCUGGGACACAUACUUCCGCAACGUCCAGGCAUCAGGUCCGUCUGGUGAGGUGGGCGAGAGACGCCCCUCCACCCUGCUGCAGGGUAGGGCCAUGUCCCAGACACCUGCCAUGGCACAGAAGGUGGUGGAGGACCACCUGGCUGUACACACACUCAUAAGAGCCUAUCAGAUCCGCGGUCACCACGUUGCCCAGUUAGAUCCCCUCGGGAUCCUGGAGGCUGACCUGGACUCCUUUGUGCCCUCUGACCUGAUCACGACCAUCGACAAGCUGGGAUUCUAUGGUCUCAGAGAAUCAGACCUGGACAAGACCUUCCAACUGCCCGCCACCACUUUCAUAGGGGGCGGUGACACCACACUGCCCCUUAGGGAGAUCAUAUGCAGACUGGAGAUGUCGUACUGUGGGCACAUCGGGGUGGAGUUCAUGUUCAUCAACAACAUGGAACAGUGCCAAUGGAUCCGCCAGAAGAUUGAGACUCCUGACAUCAUGCAAUUUACCAACACUGAGAAAAGAACUCUUCUGGCCCGCUUGGUCCGAUCUACACGGUUUGAAGACUUCCUGGCUCGUAAAUGGUCAUCUGAGAAGCGCUUUGGCCUGGAGGGCUGUGAGGUGCUCAUUCCAGCUCUCAAGACCAUCAUUGACAAGUCUAGCGCCGCGGGCAUCGACAGCGUCAUCAUGGGCAUGCCUCAUCGGGGUCGGCUGAAUGUGUUGGCAAAUGUGAUUCGGAAAGAGUUGGACCAGAUCUUCUGCCAGUUCGAUUCGAAAUUGGAAGCUGCAGAUGAGGGUUCGGGGGAUGUGAAAUACCAUCUUGGGAUGUACCAUGAGAGGAUCAACCGAGAGACAGACAAGAACAUCACCUUGUCACUCAUGGCAAACCCCUCUCACCUGGAGGCCGUGGACCCUGUAGUGCAGGGCAAAGCCAAGGCCGAACAGUUCUACAGGGGAGACACACAAGGAAAAAAGGUCAUGUCCAUCCUGAUCCAUGGAGAUGCAGCCUUCGCUGGUCAAGGGGUGGUCUAUGAGACCUUCCACCUGAGUGAGCUCCCCUCCUACUCCACACAUGGUACGAUCCACGUGGUGGUCAACAAUCAGAUCGGCUUCACCACGGACCCUCGUGUGGCGCGCUCGUCUCCGUACCCCACUGAUGUAGCACGGGUCGUCAAUGCCCCCAUCUUCCACGUGAACGCAGAUGACCCCGAGGCGGUGAUGUAUGUGUGUCAGGUCGCCGCUGAGUGGAGAAGCACCUUCCACAAGGACGUGGUCAUCGACCUGGUGUGUUACCGGCGGUUUGGCCACAAUGAAAUGGACGAGCCCAUGUUCACCCAUCCCCUCAUGUACAAACAAAUCCGUCGGCAGGAACAUGUGCUUAAGAAGUAUUCAGACAAGCUCAUCGCAGAGGGCGUGGUCACACUGCAGGAGUUUGAGGAAGAGGUGGCCAAAUAUGACAAGAUCUGUGAGGAGGCAUACAGAAGUUCCAAGGAUGAGAAGAUUCUACACAUUCGUCCUUGGCUGGAUUCUCCCUGGCCAAAUUUCUUCACGGAGGAAGGGGAGCCCAAGAGCAUGACCUAUCCUCCAACAGGAUUGGACGAGGAAGUCCUGCAGCACAUUGGCCAGACUGCUAGCUCUGUGCCGUUGGAGGACUUUGCCAUCCACUCCGGUGUGUCUCGCAUCCUGCGAGGACGGGCUGACCUGGUGAAGAAUCGUCAGAUGGACUGGGCUCUGGGGGAGUACAUGGCUUUUGGCUCCAUGCUCAAAGAUGGCAUCCAUGUUCGCCUCAGUGGACAGGAUGUGGAGAGAGGAACCUUUAGUCACCGUCACCAUGUUCUGCACGACCAGGAAGUGGACAGGCGCUUCUGCGUUCCUAUGAACCACUUAUGGGCCAACCAGGCACCGUAUACGGUCUGCAACAGCUCCUUGUCAGAGUAUGGAGUUCUGGGUUUUGAGUUGGGCUUCGCUAUGGCCAGUCCUAAUGCUCUGGUGCUGUGGGAGGCCCAGUUUGGAGAUUUCCACAACACAGCCCAGUGCAUCAUAGACCAAUUCAUCAGCCCGGGCCAGGCCAAGUGGGUCCGCAACAAUGGCAUUGUCCUGCUGCUGCCCCAUGGGAUGGAGGGGAUGGGUCCGGAACACUCUUCAGCCCGACCUGAGCGAUUCCUACAGAUGAGCAAAGAUGAUCCUGAUCGCUUCCCCGAGUACAAUGGAGACUUUGAGGUCCAGCAGCUCUAUGAUUGUAACUGGAUCGUGGUCAAUAUUUCCAACCCGGCUAACUACUGCCAUGCACUGCGGAGGCAGACCCUACUGCCAUUCAGAAAACCGUUGAUUAUUUUCACGCCUAAAUCUCUUCUGAGGCACCCUGAUGCUAGGUCCAGCUUUGAUGACCUCGCAACAGGUACAAAGUUCCGACGCCUGAUACCUGAUGAGAGUCCAGCCAGUAAAAGCCCAGGUCAUGUGAAGAGGGUCAUUUUCUGCACCGGAAAGGUCUACUAUGAACUGGCCAAAGAAAGGAAACAGCACAACCUGCAGAGUGAUGUAGCCAUAGUCCGGCUGGAACAGAUUUCCCCAUUCCCCUUUGACCUGGUCAAGGCCGAGAUCGGCCGCUAUAGCAACGCUGAGCUGGUCUGGUGUCAGGAGGAGCACAAGAACAUGGGUUACUAUGACUACGUCCAACCCCGUUUCCUCACUGUGGUGUCCAACAAGAAACCUAUAUGGUAUGUAGGCCGAGAUCCUGCAGCAGCCCCUGCUACAGGGAAUAAACUCACCCACCUAAAUGAACUGAAGAGGUUCAUGGACACAGCUUUCAAUCUAAGCUUCUUCCACGGGAGGAACUUCUAAAGCGCCCUGAGAUUCCUCUGACAGACUAGAGGGGGGAGGAGGGUGCUGGUGAUGUUUCCUGAUUGGCUUUUUGCUCUGUACAACUCGAGAUAACUAUCAUCUCAGUAUGCCUGCGCCUCGUCCAUAAUUGUAUACAGCGCAACAAGUCCCUUAUUUCUCAGUGUGAGAAAUGGUUUAAAUGCGUGAGAAAUACAAGGUGUUGCGUGAGAAAUGGCUGAAAUGCGUGAGUCUCAUGGCGAAUGGGUUAGACUUGGAGCCCAGGUUGAUGUACAUCUAAAUUAGCUAUGCAUAUCAUUUAGCAAUAGGUUCCUGCUUUAGCUGGCAUCGUUUAGUACUAACGUAACAUUUGAGGGCUAGUUUCCAUAGUUUAACACUCCAA